CAGGGAAGAAGAACAAAGUGACGUAUUUCCGGUUGCCAAUCCUUCAAUUUUAUGCAGACGGUUUAAUAUCGGUCUUCUUUCCCUGGAGGAACGUAAUAAAAUCCACGUUUUGUUUUCUGCCUGCGCGGCUCUCCAGCACCCAGUCCGGUUGUGGUCAGGUCUACAGCGGAGUUGUGGUUAAAUUUUGUUUUUUUUGCCAUUUUUGUUUUAAUCAUGGCAAAGGUACAAGUAUUGAAUGUUGCUGUUCUGGACAACCCGAGCCAGUUUGGGAAUCCGUUUCAGUUUGAAAUAACCUUUGAAUGCAUGGAGGAUUUGGCGGAAGAUCUGGAAUGGAAGAUCAUCUAUGUGGGAUCAGCUGAGAGUGAAGAAUACGAUCAAGUUCUGGACUCGGUUCUGGUCGGCCCGGUACCUGCGGGAAGACACAUGUUUGUGUUCCAGGCAGAUGCUCCGAACACAACCCUGAUUCCCGAGAGCGAUGCCGUCGGCGUGACCGUCGUCCUCAUAACCUGCACCUACCGGGGACAGGAGUUCAUCCGCAUCGGUUACUACGUCAAUAAUGAAUACACAGAUCCAGAACUACGGGAAAGUCCGCCUCUGAAGCCAAACUACUCUCAGCUCCAGAGGAAUAUUUUGGCAUCGAACCCUCGGGUCACUCGGUUUCACAUCAACUGGGACGGUUCGGCCGACAAGAUGGAAGACGCAGAGAAUGUAGACCCCUCCCCCAAAGUGGGCGGGAUGCUCCCCCCAUUUUGCAAAGCGGGAAAGAUGCCCCCCCUUGGAUGGAUGCAGGACAACUCCAUGGAUUGUGUGUAGGAGUGCGGGGAGCUUUACUCCCCCCACAGACAGACCUUUAGAUGGAUCGACUGGAUGGAAAUGUGGAUCUGAAAGUACUGAAUUACUGGAUUUUCUUUUAUUUCCACCCAACUUUAGUUCCUUUUUUGUCCCAAUUCUGAUACUUUAUAUUUAUUCGCUGUUUGAAAUACAAUUAUUUGUAUUUUUUUAUCUCGUGCAAACAUCAAGCAGUAAUUUCCAUGUCUGUUCUAAUAAACGGGAUUAAAUCUA